CAAGCCAUCAGUGAUUCCCUGAUCUCAACUUCUUUCCUUUCCUGCCCUUGAAAGCUGCAGCCAUCAUCACAAGCCCUUCUGCUGUUUCAGAGCACCGGUAGACCGUCUUUGCGCGAGGUCCAUUCGAUGACAUGUCUAUUUCGCCCAAAACAUCGUACUGUUUUCCGGCGUAUCCCGCGCCAAAUGACGAGUGGUUUUGGGUACCAAGCUUCAGCCUAUCUCCACCUCCGAGGGCGCCAAAAUCCCCCCGGGGACGUCGAGUCACAGGGCCUAGCCGUGAGGGCUCCUCAUCCUCAAUCGUUGCACUUGCCAUGGAAACUAGCCGCAACCAUGCAGGGCAGCAGGUGCUUAACCUAACCGGUGUGGAUACGCCAACGCCGUUCUCUUCUUCGUCUUCCCUGCCCCAAGCCUCUUCGAAACCGAGCAUCAAUUCCGAUCCCUUGAGGCAGCAAUCCAUAUCCAGUGAGAUCUUGGAUGCUGAGAUCUUCGACGCUCCGCGCGUUCUCGAGAACGAGCAAACGGCUAAGAGCAACGCUUCGCGUUGCCGGGAGCACCUCAGCCCCGAAGGCAUGUCCUCCAGCCCGCGAGAAGAGCUUUUGAUGAGCUUCGUCGACUCAGGAAAGCCAUCGCGCCAGUCGUUGAUCGCCGAAAAAAGCGACGACAUGACCAGCACUUUGCGGGCGGAAAGCCAAACAUCCAUCUCGGCUACCGUCACUAGCAGGCGUCGCUCGUCAUCAGAUGCCGGAGUCCUUGCCUCAGGCGUUCUCACUCCAGCGCAUUUUCGACCAUCUCCUGACCAGCGCCGUGCUCGCCAGCGCACCAGCACUCACACAUGUCCCUCGAGCGAGCGCUCUAGCACGGGGCGGCCACCCGCACCUGAGCAGCAACAACCUUCCGCAACGGCUUCGUUGGACGUUCGUCAUUCGGCUGGCACCUAUGCGAGUCUCAGUCCAGCUGCAGCGUCCUCCGGUAUCCAUGGCGAAAGCCAGCGCAACUCUCAGCGUCCUAGCUUGCCUCAUUCUGCUCACGGAAGCGAGGACCAGGCCAACAGUAGUGGCGGAUACCAUGUGCGAGGCUACUCGGGCCUGAGCCGUCGAUUCCAAUGCGUCGGUAGCGCUUGGCGUAAAUCAGAGCGGGAAGAAGGCGACGAUAUUACCGUCAUCUUGGACAACGACUCUUCCAGACCUAGCAUCGCCAUGACUCCGACUGCUAUCACGGCGAUAUCCGCUACUGAGAUCCCAGCUUCUCAGCUCCGACAACGCACCAAUUCCACCGUCCGACCCACAAGCAGUUCCGAUCAUGUAUGUGGGCUACGCAGCCGGUCUAGUUCCUUGUUGGCGCGCUUCACUCGUGCUCGCCCUACUUCGCACAUCACGCUCGACAUGCCUCCAGGCAGCCCAGGAACGGUGGUUGAGCCUAGCUCCCGGAGGGACUCUCCUCUGAGCGACAUACUUCGCGCCCUCGGUGCCGCACGGUCCUCCCAAGAUCUCGACGAGGAUGGGCAGUCUGAGCCUCGAACGCCCUUCUGGGCGCAGGGAUGGAAAUGGUCUAAUCAAAGAGAAGAGCGUGCGAGGCAAGAACAGCAGCGGCUGGGGAUGGAGAAAGACCAAUUCGAGGAGCCAGCCGUUCUCGGCCUCCAAACAUGGGUGCUUGAAGAGGAGCAGACAGGGAGCGAGUUCCAACAUCGUCAACGGAGCAGCGCUAGUAGCUUCUCCACCCGCAUUCGCGCUUUGCAUGUAGAGCUCAUGCCCCGGAUCGUCUCUGGAUGCCGCUCACGUCGCACAUCGGGUGCCACUGCCAUCCCCAGUACGACGCGUGGCGAUGCGAAGCUCGCUGCUAGCCGCAAAGCCGCAACGCAGCUUAGCUCGUUUCUCCCCAAGAGCCUUUCUAGCAGCAGUGGUGUAGAUUGCACCGAGGAUCAGCGUGGGUCUUUCAAGCCGCGACCCCUAAAGUUGCUUUCAUCCAAUAUUCGAGUUGGUUUCCUUCGGCGGCAAUCGGCCCGCUUCUAAGCCCGAAGAGCCUCCCAACAGACGUGCGUCCACACUGCCUCGACAAUCCCGAUUACAGCGACAACUAUGGUCACAUUCCGGUACCUUCCACUUCCUUUUCUUCCAGUCACUCGUACUUCGCAGGGCAAACUCUAAGCAA